AGUUUUAAGUUAGUUAAAAAAAGAUUUCUUGUACUGUAAGAAGUAACAGUUAAUGUUUGGAUUCGGUUUUACAAGUCAAGUAUGUGGAUUUUGGAGGUUAUUUCUUAGCGGCAUCUAGUUUGUUUCUAAAUAGCCCAGUCUGCAGUGUUAGAGACCAGAAAAUGAAGUUAGAAGUGCCAGAAUCCUUUGAAGAUGUGCUUGUUGAUUUUACAAGAGAAGAAUGGAAUGCUUUGACCCAAGAGGAGAGGGAGCUACACAGGGAGGUGAUGGUGCAAAACUAUGUUAACAUGGUUUUAGUAGGGUACAAUAUCUCAAAUGAGCACCUAUUUUUGCUGCUUGAAAAACAUGGGGAACUUGUACCAGAUGUUAAGGAAUGUGUUAUGGCCAGGCUUCAGCAGGACCUUUGUGAAGACUUCCCCAGCAAGGGAAAUACCAGGAGGUCUUGGUCGAGAACAUGGUGGCCCAAAUCCAGGCACACAUACCUUUCUCGGGCUUGAACUUGCAGGGAGAUUCUAAUGAGAUUAUUUUUCCCCAGGUGAAUUCAUGGAUAGGAAUUCAUGUCAUGAUCUGUGUCCAGGCAAAGCAGAGAUGUGCUACAGAAAUGUUUGUGAAAUCUGUCUUCUACAUAGUGCGUGAUUAUUGACAAUGGAGCAACAUACAAAUGAUGUAACUGCCUAAAAGAAAGACCCCAUUGGGGUUCUUAUCUUCCUGGAAGAAGGCUGACUGGACUACAUGAGCUGCAGAAACCAUACACAACAACUCUUACUACACAGCAAAAAAGAUCGGAGUAUGUCAGCUGCUGUACCUUUAUACCACUGACAUGCUCAUGCCUGUUUGAGAAGGCUUUAGCCAAUGCACUUGGGGAGCAUAAAACUCUAGAAGAGUGGUUUGCUGCAGGCUGCUUACAGGUAGGAUAUCCUAAGAAGUGAGAAGUGCAACAAAGGAACUUUUCAAAGCUGUUUCAAACACAACUGU